AAGUCUAUUUAUAAGUUAUUAAAGCCUUGUCUUGAUAUAUAACGCCCUCAUCAACUAGUUGUUAGCAUCAAGAUCAUAUAUAUGGAUCAUCUAAUUUCUCUUCUUUCACCAAUACCACCUUCAGACAGGUGGUGGUCGGAAGAAACAACCGCGGUUGUGACCGGAGCAAACAAAGGUAUAGGUUUUGAGGUGGUGAAGAAGUUAUUGAAGCGUGGACUAACCGUAGUAUUAACCGCCAGAAACGCCGAGAAUGGAAGCAUCGCCUUCGAUUCCCUCCGCCGCGCUGGCUUUCGAAACGUUCUUUUCUUUUGCCUCGACGUCUCGGAUCCUUCUUCCAUCGCUGCCUUUGUCUCCUGGUUCCGUCUCAAAUUUGGAGUACUCGACAUUCUGGUGAACAACGCGGCCAUUUCAUUUAACGCAGUUGGCGAAAACUCAAUCAGAGAGCCAGAGACCAUAAUCAAGACCAAUUACUACGGUGCCAAGCUUUUGACGGAUGCGCUUUUGCCGUUAUUUCGCCGUUCAGCCUCCGUGGGGCGCAUCCUUAACAUUAGCUCAAGGCUUGGCGCACUAAACAAACUAAGAAACCCUACUUUAAGACAAACCCUAGAAAGUGAAGAGCUUACGUACGAACAAAUCGACACGACAGUGACACAGUUUCUCGAAGACGUGAGAAGAGGAACGUAUGAGAAGAAAGGAUGGCCGUACUGGUCGGACUACGCCGUCUCCAAAAUGGCCUUGAACGCUUACUCUAGAGUUUUGGCUCGACAUUACGACGGCAAAAAACUAAGUGUGAAUUGCUUCUGCCCUGGUUUCACUCGUACGUCUAUGACGGGUGGUCAAGGGACUUACACGGCGGAGGAGGUUGCCGCAACAAUCGCCAGGUUGGUUCUGAUUCCACCGGAGAAGUUGACCUCCGGCAAGUUUUUCAUGUGCGUGGAGCCCAAUAAGAUUAUUUCCAGGUUGUAAAUUUUAUAGUUCAUAUAAUCAUUAUUGAUAAUUAUUAAUUGCUUACUUGAGCUAGCAUUUAAAAAGUCGUAAGCCUUUCUGUAAUUUAAUAUACUAAAAUAUUUCUAUAUUUGUGUAUGCAUGCGUCGAUCAAUAACAUAUAUAUUUUAUGUA